AUGGCCUCUCUUCACGUUUUCGCUCGCGCUUCAUCGCGCACUAUUCGGGCGACACAGUGCCGAGUCAGUGGACAUGCAGGCUUUCUUUCUAGCAGAGCUCGGCCGUUGUCGGCGCAUAUGAAGGCGCUGCAUACUGCGCCUCCACGAAACGCAUCAGCAGCAACAGCAACGGCGACCGCAACCUCCAAGGACUCGACCAAUCCCGCCAUGUCAUUUCCCUGUCUGGAUGCACAAGACGCCAAAUCACAACAACUUUCUGCACGGUCAUUACAGUCCGGUCCUGAACCGUCGUAUACCUCUGGUCAGCAUGAGUGGUACCAUUGCGAGGAGCCACUCCUGCUCGAUUGGGGCGGUCGAUUGCAGGAGUUUGACAUCGCCUUCGAGACUUGGGGUCAAUUGAACCAGGAUAAAAGCAACGCCAUUUUGCUUCAUACGGGAUUGUCGGCUUCAAGUCAUGCGCACAGCACACCAUCAAACAACAAACCAGGCUGGUGGGAGAAAUUCAUCGGGCCCGGGCUACCCUUGGACACAAACAAGUACUUUGUGAUUUGCACAAAUGUGAUCGGAGGCUGCUAUGGUAGCACCGGACCAUCCUCUGUGGACCCGUCGGAUGGACAGCGAUAUGCGACGCGCUUCCCCAUCUUGACCUUGGACGAUAUGGUGCGGGCACAGUUUCGCCUUCUGGAUCAUUUGGGCAUUCAAAAAUUGGCCGCCUCGGUGGGAUCAAGUAUGGGUGGUAUGCAGAGUCUCGCAGCCGGUGUUUUGUUCCCCGAGCGUGUGGGCAAAAUUGUCAGUAUCAGUGGCUGCGCACGAAGUCACCCGUACAGUAUUGCAAUGCGCCACACACAACGUCAAGUACUGAUGAUGGAUCCGAAUUGGGCGCGUGGAUUCUACUACGAUGCAAUCCCACCACAUUCUGGAAUGAAACUGGCGCGCGAGAUUGCAACCGUUACCUAUCGCAGCGGACCGGAAUGGGAGAUGCGAUUCGGACGUCGUCGAGCCGAUCCCAGCAAGCAACCUGCGCUGUGUCCGGAUUUCCUCAUCGAGACCUAUCUCGACCACGCGGGAGAGAAAUUCUGCUUGGAAUACGAUCCUAACAGCUUGCUGUAUGUUUCCAAGGCCAUGGAUCUCUUUGACCUCGGCCAUGAGAAUCAAAGCCGAACUCGCCGUCGUCGAGCAGAGUCCGAAUUUCGCAUCGCACGUGGCGAGGGCUCACCCAAUCCCUCCGACCCUGCUUGCAGUCUCACUCUGCCUGACAGGCCAUACGAGGAACAACCCGAAGCGGCUGCCUCGGUUCCCUCACCUGAUCAAUCCGUCAAGGCAGAACAGCUUGACGGACCGCCGCAAGACCUCGUCCGAGGCUUGGCCCCUCUGAAAAACCACCCGGUCCUAGUCAUGGGCGUUGCUAGCGACAUUCUUUUCCCUGCAUGGCAGCAGCGCGAGAUUGCCGAGACCCUUCGUGCAGCUGGCAACACAUCCGUCGAGCACAUCGAGCUGGGGGAGGACCUCUCUUUAUUCGGUCAUGAUACGUUCUUGCUGGAUCUCAAGAACAUUGGCGGUGCUUUGGGUCGUUUCCUGAAGUAA